UUUUAUUCUAAAAAUGCCCUCCUAUAUAGUUUCCUCAGCCUUUGAAGGACUUUCCUGCCAAGUCUGUGGUCUACAGGCCCAUGGAAAGCGUUUUGAAGCAGUUUGUUGCCUUCCCUGUGCUGCUUUUUUCAGACGUUACGUCCUGUUGAAUUGUAAACAUAAAUGUCUAAACGAAAAUAAAUGUGAAAACUAUGGGACUGAACAAAUAAAGAAAUGUAAAGCUUGUCGUUUCCGGAAAUGUUGUAAUAUUGGGAUGAAAUUGUCCAAGGAAGGAAAAAAUACUGAAAAUAAGGAAGAAGCUUUCUUACAAAAAUUUAUCGAGACUUAUGAGGAAUAUAUUACAUCUCAACAGAAAUUAUUUUUUAAUAUUUAUCCGGAAAGAUUAAAUCAAGCCUCACCGUUUUUUAUUCCCGAAAACCUACAAAAAUUACGUUAUUUUGAAAUGAGUUGUAAACCAGCGAUGCUUACAAUGUUUAACAAUUCAUUUAAAGAAUUUGAAGAGUUGGGGAUGCAAAUUAAGCUCGAAUUGUUCGACUCCUGCUUUAAUCAAUUAAAUUUUCUAAAUUGUCUCAGUCUAACAAUUACCAAUUUUCAAUCGGAAAAUAAUUUUGCCGAUAAUUUUAUGUUGGCAUAUGGACACAUUUUUGAUUUUAGAAUUUCUGAACGAAUAAUUAAUUAUUGGGUGAAGGAUAUGAAAAAUAAGGAAGAAUAUUUUAAUUCAAAAAUGACUGAAAUGAGAGAAAAGUAUUCUUUAUUUCGCCAGUUUCUGGAAUUUUCAAAAUAUAAAAUUAAAAAAUUGGAUUGUUGUGCCCUUAUGGCCAUUUAUUUGUUUAAUAAAGCUUCCUCAAUUAAUUAUUCAUCGAAUAUGGAAACUUGGGAGAAUUUGAAGGAAACAAUUUUAACUGGAUGGCUCCAAAAGCUUUCCAAGACGUUUAAUUCUAAAAAAGAUGCUUCUGUUUAUAUUGCUUCAUUAAUUUCUUUGCUGGUUAAUUUAGAUAAUCAUUGUGAAACCUUCAAAAAACAAUUUUGUACUUAUUCCAACGCUGUUGUUCCAGUCAAUUAUUCGGAGCAGACUUCCAAUUCAUCUUUUAUUACACCUCCAAAUUUGCUUCGUAUUUUGACUGCUCAUAAUCGAAUUUGGGGUGCAUUUUAUGAAAUGCCUGAAAGUUAUUUUGCCAGAUUCACGAGUUUUAAUGAUCUAAUAUUCUCUUCUGACAACGUUCUUGGUUAUCAUGAAAGUUUUAACCCAAAUCCUCCUGUUAUGAGUGAACCAGAAAGGCAAAGAUUUUUCAAAGAGAUUGAUGAAAUUCAAGAUGUUCAACGUCACCCACAUAUUAAAAAAUCUAUUAUCGUUUGCAGGCUACUAGUUAUUGGAAUUUUUAAAGCUUUACCUUUUUUCCAUCGUCUGGCACGUAAUGACCAGAUAAUUCAUUUAAAUCAUCGAGUAAAGACAGUUAAUAUAUUUUUAAAAACAUACAAUGCUGCAAAAUUGAAUACGGCAACCUUAAUUGGGCCAGAUGGCAUUACAUCAAUGGAUGUUUAUAGAGCUCAAAGCAGAUAUCGAGAAAAUAAACAUUUGAUUAAUUUGGCUGAGAAGGCAUUUAGCCGAGCAGUUGAACCUUACUUCCGAAUGGCACCUUUAAUUGAUGAUGAAGAAUUUUCCUUAAUGUUAUCAAUCCUUUGUUCAACUGGAGCCUCAGCAGAACUUAUUUCUUCACAUGCGCGUGUACUGCUCCAAAAUGAAUGCGAAUUUUAUUCCAGUAAACUUUUAAAUUUUUGUCAAGUUCGUUUUGGAGAUGUGAAUGGGGCUUGUCGUUAUGCUGAAUGUCUGCAUUUAAUAGAAAAUGCAUUCGUUUUUGAUCGGAAUUAUCAAUUGCUAACUACAUAUCUUGAAGUAUUUUAUAACCACAGAAAAUUUGAAUUGGAUCACCAAUUUCCAAAAUAUUUAUUAAAAUUAGCUUGA